AUGAUUAAUUUGAGAAUAGAAGGAAAAAUGUUUAAAGGCCUAGUAGACACUGGGGCAGAUGUCAGCGUUAUCUGCAAAGAAUUCUGGCCUCCUAGUUGGUCCAUGGUAGAAGCUAUGGACUCAAUUAGAGGGGUGGGAGUUCCUGAUAACACACAACGUAGUGCUGCAGUCUUAAAAUGGCAAGAUGAGGAAGGACAGACAGGAUGGUUUCAGCCCUACAUUGUCUCUGGAAUUGCAGUCAAUUUAUGGGGCCGGGAUGUCUUAGAAGGUUUACAAGCUUGUAUUAUUACCGGCAAAGGUCGGCAGCUUGUAACUCAGAUGGGACAUCAGAGUGAUCAAGGUGUAAAAAACCCAGGAAGGCGAGGAUAUCAGCCUUUUUGA